AUGGCCCCAAAAACCAAAAAACCUGACCCAAAAACCCAACCAAAGACCACCCCCAAAACACCAAACUGGCCACCCCUCCGCCCACUCCUCCCCGCCGCCGAUCUAACUCUAACCCCCCUCCUCACCGACCAAAUCUACCUAAUUCGCAAUUUCCUCUCAGGCACCCUGUGCAAAACCUACGCCUCCUUCCUCGCCUCCCUACCUCUAACAACAACACCGGGAACACCCAAGAAAGACGAAGCCCUACGCGUCAACGACCGGUUCCAGAUCGACGAUGCACGAUUCGCAGAGAUGCUAUGGAGCACGACAGCGCUGAAAGAGCUUGUCACGACGCGCUUUGAAGACGAGUCUGACGGGUCCGAAGAUGAGGAUUCGCUUGCUGAACGCGCACGACAACUCUGGGGCGGGGAGCCAUUGGGCUUGAAUCCUAAUAUUCGGAUUUAUCGAUACUCUGCGGGACAAUUCUUUGGACAGCAUUACGACGAUUCCAAUAACAUCACCCUCCCCCCACCGAACUCGCGCUCGAAAGCAACACCCGCACGCACAACUUGGACACUCCUUAUCUACCUGACAUCAUGUACAGGCGGUGAAACAGUCUUCUACCCUGAGCCGACGCGCGCGAAUCGCAAUCCGGAGCCGAUAGCUGUUGCGCCGGAGGUUGGGAUGGCGCUGUUGCACCGACAUGGAGAUCAUUGUAUGCUGCAUGAGGGGGCUGAAGUUACCGGGGGGGAGAAGUGGGUUUUAAGGAGUGAUUUGGUUGUUCCGAGGUGA